AUGUCAUCGAAGAGAACAAAGGGUGUAACCGUGGUCUAUCCUAUAGUUUAUGGAAAUGUCGCAACUUUACUACCGCAAAAAAAAGUUCCCGAUUCUGAUCACACGCAUAAAUGGACCGUCUCAGUAAGGGGGAUAAACGGAUCCGACAUAAGUCACUUCGUUAAAAAAGUCACCUUCAAGUUGCACGAAACUUAUUCAAAUCCACAAAGAGGCACUUUCGUUGAACAACCACCAUUCGAGAUCACGGAGACUGGCUGGGGAGAAUUCGAACUUUCAAUAAAACUGCAAUUUGUUGAACCCGGUGAAAAACCGGUUUCCCUUUAUCACAAUCUUCGCCUUCAUCCCUACGAGGAGGACGGUUCGAUCUCAACUGUGAACAGAAACAAGCCGGUUCAAAGUUUUCAAUAUGAUGAAUUGGUAUUUACUGAUCCCUCGGAAGCAUUGUACCAAAUAUUGACACAACAUCCCAUACCAACUCUCCCGCUCAGAUCCUCUCCAAAUAUGCCUUACAGUCUGCAAGCAGAACAAGAUGAACUUCGUAAAAUCGAUGAGGCUUACAAAAAAGUUCAAGAACAAUUGGUCUUGUACAAGAAUAAGAUGGAAAAAAUCACAAAAGAACUUGAUGAUGUCAAGGGAAAUUUGGAGCAACACAAAAAGUAG